AUGCAGAUCGAGGAUCGUGAAAUUCGGCAUCCACCCAGUGCCCCACCAUCGAGAGCGUUCGUGGCUGAGCAGAUGGCAUUCCAAGCACUCAUCAACGCACCCGACUGUGGGCCAUCCAACCCACUCCAAAACUUGCUCAAACAUGCUGAGCGAAACCCACUCUCGUCGAGGUUCGACAGCCAACCUCAACAUGCCAAUCACACCCAGCACCCGCAGGCCUCUUCCUCCAACCUCUCAAACAGCCGCCAGCAACCCACACCGUUUCUUAUGAACGACCUGCACAACGAAAUAGAGUCGAUCAGUCGGAGCCACCACCCCCAUCGUCCGCCGCAGAUCGAGCAGGCAUGGCAGAAACAGUUCGCGGGAUCAUCGAUGGGCGCCCCAGUCUCCGCGGACGAAGUAGCUCGGAUGGAACAUUCCUUUCGUUCAGUGGCCCAUCAGCAACCCAACCAUGCCCCCCCUUCGAUGCACUGGUCCAACCAGUUUGCGGAUGCUCAGGACCAUGCCCCACAGAGCUCCAACCAUUCCAUCCACAACACGUCGACUCACGGCUUUCGUGCCCCCUCGUUCCACUCUGCUGGUCUGCUCGGCUUUCCUCAUCAAAGCAUGCUUCACCAAGACCGUUCAUUUCUCCCCCAGCCGAGCAUUCAUCAUCCAAUGGCUGGUGACAACCAGCAAUCCAAAGCGCAAAUAGUUGAGCUCACUGAAGAGAACUGGGAGGCCGAAUUCGCCAAGAUCGGCAACCAACUCGAGGCCCAACCGAAUGGCGAAAGCCAAGACCAACAGGAUUCCAGUUUCACCUCGGUUGAUCAUCAAUCACCGUCUUCCACUUUGAGCCUCGAAGAGACGAGUUCGGACGAGGCCGACCAAGAAUUCCUCAAGUCACUAGAAGCCACCUGGAGGGGCUUGGGUUUCGACCCAUUCAACAGCAGCUUGGCUUGUAUUGACUCAGGCAGUCUCUCUGUUCCAAACUGGGAAGAGAUCGACGAGGACUUCCUCGGUCCGAAUCUAUCGACAUCUCCGGAAAUGGCCAUCACCCCCGAAAACGUCGGCGACUUCCUUGACCAUCCUGAGCCGUAUCCCUUCCAGUCUAACAACCCGUACCUUGACUCGCCCGAUCCAUUCGAGGACGGCCAGCGUCUACUUCAAUCCGGUGCGACUCUGAGCGAGGCUGCUUUGGCGUUCGAGGCUGCCUGCCAGGCCGAUGAGGGCCGCGCGGACGCCUGGCGAAUGCUGGGCGAGACCCAGGCGGCAGACGAGAAGGAACAGUUGGCGAUCAAGGCCUUUCAGCGGGCCGUGGCCUGCCGUGAUGGCAACGGCCAGUCGGCAUGGAUGUCUCUGGCGAUCUGCUGGGUCAACGAAGGCCAGGAGAUGCGGGCCCUGGCAAUCCUGGAACGCUGGUUGAUGGACACCUAUCCAGCCAUUGCCGCCAACGUCUCUGCCGGCAAAAGGGCCGAGGAUGCCAACAACCCUUGGAACCGACACGCAGCAGUUGUCGAGAAAUUCAUUCAGGCCGCCAGGGCUGGUCCGGAGGUCAGGGACGGGGCUGGCAAGGAGAUGGUCCGGAGCCAAACGGUUGAUGUUGACGUCCAGGUCGGGCUCGGAGUGCUGUUCUACAGCAACUCGGAGUACGAGCGAGCGCGGGACUGUUUCGAGGCGGCUUUGGGGGUCAAUCCUGACGACUUCUUACUCUGGAACAGACUUGGGGCCACGCUGGCCAACGGCGGAAAGUCCGAGGAAGCCAUCGGGGCCUACCAAAAAGCGCUCGAGCUCCGGCCUACCUUCACUCGGGCGAUCUACAACCUCGGCGUCUCCUGCUUGAAUAUCCAUUGUUAUUCUCAGGCCGUCGAACAUUUCCUUGCCGCUCUCUCCUUCCAUUCUAAGGCCGCCUCUGUCGGCGAUCGCCCCCUUCUCGCCUCCGGAGACGGCAGCGAGAACCUUUGGUUCACCCUCCGUCGCGCCCUCUUGUGUCUCGAUCGCUCCGAUUUGGCUGACUUGGCCGUCCCGGGAACUGAUCCCGAAGUAUUCCGCGAACACGGCUUUGAUUUUUAG